AUGACGGGUUCCUUCGCCAUCAAGUCCAUCCCCACCUCCCCGAUCGACGGCCAGAAGACGGGCACGUCGGGCCUGCGCAAGAAGGUCUCCGUCUUCCAGCAGCCCAACUAUCUGCACAACUGGGUCCAGUCUCUCUUCUCCUCGCUGGACGGUCUGCCCGGAUCCACCAUCGCCUUGGGCGGCGACGGCCGCUACUGGAACAAGGACGCCAUCCGCAUCAUCUGCCGCCUGGCCGCCGCCAACGGCCUCGCCCGCGUCAAAGUCGGCCACAACGGCAUCCUGUGCACCCCUGCCAUCAGCUCCGUCAUCCGCGCCCACGACCUGUACGGAGGCAUCAUCCUUACGGCCAGCCACAACCCCGGCGGGCCCACCAAUGACUUCGGCAUCAAGUACAACGUCGCCAACGGCGGCCCCGCCCCCGAGACCGUCACCUCGGCCAUCUUUAAGAACACCGCCACCAUCUCAGAGUAUAACUACGCCGUCGUCCCGGACGCCGACCACGCCGCAGACCCCUUUGCCGCCGUCGACCUCUCCGUCAAGGGGGAGACCACCUUUUCCAAUGUCGACGGCCCCUCGUUUGUCAUUGAGGUCAUCGAUUCCGCGGACGACUACGUCACCCUUCUGCAGUCCAUGUUCGACUUUGCAAAGCUUAAGGCCUUGUUCGCCCGCCCGGACUUUAGCUUUCUCUUCGACGCCAUGAACGGCGUCACCGGUCCAUAUGGCCACCGCAUCUUCGUCGACUUGCUCGGCGGGAAGCCGGAGUGCGUCAUGCGUGGCGAGCCGUUGGAGGACUUUGGUGGCGCCCAUCCGGACCCCAACUUGACCUACGCGGCAGAGCUCGUCGCCAAGUGCGACCCGAAGCAAAACCCACAAGCCCCGGAUAUGGGAGCCGCCUCCGAUGGAGAUGGCGACCGCAACAUGGUUCUUGGCAAGGGCUUCUUCGUCACCCCGUCUGACUCUGUAGCUCUCAUUGCCGCCAAGGCCAAAGAAGCCAUUCCGUACUUCAAGAACGGCCUCAAGGGUGUCGCUCGUAGUAUGCCCACGGCCGGUGCUCUCGACCGAGUUGCGGCGGAGCUCGGCAUUGAGCUGCAUGAAGUCCCGACAGGCUGGAAGUACUUUGGAAACUUGAUGGAUGCUGAGCGGGCACAGAUUUGCGGAGAGGAAUCCUUUGGUACUGGGUCCGAUCACGUUCGUGAGAAGGACGGAAUUUUCGCGGUACUAUGCUGGCUUGCGAUCGUCGCCCACGAAAGUGCCGGCAAGGAUGCCUUGGUAAGCAUUGAAGAUAUUGUCAUUAACCAUUGGAAGAAGUACGGUCGCAACUUCUUUUCGCGGUACGACUAUGAGGAGGUGGAAACAAAGGGCGCAAAUGCAAUGAUGGCCCACAUCGAUGAGUUGCAAGCAAACAUGAAUGCUGCACGUGGCUCUCCGGACGAGCCCAUGGCCCUCGAUCCCGACUUUUCCACAAAGGUAGCCCUGGCAGAUAACUUUUCUUAUGUCGAUCCCAUUGAUGGUUCCGAGGCGACAGGGCAGGGACGUCGUUUCGUUUUCACAGAUGGCAGCCGUGUCAUUUUCCGUUUGUCCGGCACGGGUUCGUCUGGUGCAACCAUCCGUUUGUACGCUGAAAGAUAUGAACCGGAUGAGAACGGCCAACUGGUUAACGCCCAGGCGGCUUUGAAGCCUUUCAUUGAGUUGGCGUUGAAGGUUUCUAAACUCGAAGCGUUCACGGGCCGUAGAGAACCGACUGUUAUCACCUAA